AUGGCAGACGACGACAACUUCGAUAUCGACAUCUACGGUGAUGAGGAUCAGGAUCUCAAGCCCGAGCCUCAGCCCGAGGAAGAGCAGAAGGAACAAGACACGGACUUCGGCCCGGGUCUUGACGGAACCGGCUACGGCCAGCAAGCCAAUGAGCCCGAGACGGAGCCUCCAAUAGACAACAACGUCAAGCUGGAAGGUGAUCCCGACGAAAUGAAAGUUCAAUACGAAAAGAGCCAUGGUGGUGCCGAAGCAAAUGGCCUACAAGAGCAGCAACAAAUUCACAGCACUACUGGCUCAUCAGCCGACCAGUACAAUGUCCCCAAGCAGGCACCAACUGAACAGGGUACCAAACGUAAAGAAGGAGAAGAUACCCGUGAGGUUGAUCCCGGUGCCACGUCAGCUUUGAGACUUGGAGAACUCCAGUGGUGGAUUAGCGAAGACGACAUCAGAGGCUGGACCAACCAAUGUGGCUGUGAAGAUGAGCUCAAGGAAGUCACAUUCAACGAGCAUAAGGUGAACGGCAAAAGUAAAGGUGAAGCGUUCGUCGAGCUCGCUUCACCGCAGGCUGCAACAGCUCUCAAACAUCGUGUCGACUCUUUUGGUGCGGACCAACAGUAUGUCAAGAAGCAUACCUGCAUCUACGUCCGUCCAGAUUACAACCCAUUCAAAACAUCACCCAAAGAUGCACCUCAGCGCAAUAAGGUAGCCGCUCCCGGCGCAUACAACAACGGUCCUGCGUUCCAGCAAACCGGUGGCUUCCGUGGUGGUCGUGGUGGCUACAACCGCGGUGGCAUGAACAACAUGAACACUGGUAUGGGUAUGGGCAACAUGCGUGGUGGUUACAACAACCCGCAGAUGAACAUGAUGGCUGCCGGCUUCAACGGAGGAGCAAUGGGAGGCAACUUCAACAACAACAUGAUGGGCGGCUUCAACAAUGCCAUGGGAGGUUUCAACAACCGUGGUGGCAUGAUGGGCGGCAAUAUGCGUGGAGGUUUCCAGAACAACCGUGGCAGAGGCGGUAUGGGAAUGCCCAACAUGGCAAUGGGCAUGGGAAACAUGGGCAUGAACAAUAUGACUAACAUGGGCGGCAUGGGAGGUAUGGGUGCCAUGAACAUGGGUAACAUGAACAUGGGUGGCUUUGGCAACAACACGCAAGGAGGCCACUUCAACCCAGGCUUCUUUAAUGCCGGAGCCGCAGCAAAUGGUAACACAUCGGGUGGCGGCAUGUCGCCCAGUGGAAACCCUCAUGGUGCCAAGAGACCUCGACCGGAGUAG